AUGUCGGACGAAGUCUACGAAGGCGCCAUCGGCAUUGACCUUGGCACAACCUACUCCUGCGUCGCCAACUAUGAAGGCACCAACGUUGAGAUCAUUGCCAACGAGCAGGGUAGUUACACAACCCCGUCAUUCGUUUCUUUCACCGAGAAAGAGCGCUUGAUUGGUGAGGCAGCCAAGAACCAGGCGGCAAUGAAUCCAACGAACACGAUUUUCGACAUCAAGCGUCUCAUUGGCCGGCGUUAUGAAGAUCCCAUCGUCAAGAAGGAUAUCGAGUCGUGGCCUUUCAAGGUCGUUGACCAGGGCGGAAACCCCGUUGUCGAGGUUGAAUAUCUGGGUGAAACCAAGACAUUUUCUCCCCAGGAAAUCUCUUCUAUGGUCUUGAUGAAGAUGAAAGAAGUCGCAGAGACCAAGCUUGGAAAGAAGGUUGAGAAGGCUGUCAUCACCGUGCCAGCUUAUUUCAACGAUAAUCAACGUCAGGCGACGAAGGAUGCUGGUGCCAUUGCCGGUUUGAAUGUCCUCCGCAUCAUCAAUGAGCCCACUGCCGCCGCUAUCGCCUAUGGACUCGGCUCCGGGAAGUCCGAAAAGGAGCGUAAUGUCCUGAUCUAUGAUCUUGGUGGAGGUACCUUCGAUGUGUCUCUUCUCAACAUCCAAGGAGGUGUUUUCACUGUUAAGGCCACAGCCGGUGAUACUCAUCUCGGUGGACAAGAUUUUGACACCAACCUCCUUGAACACUUCAAGAUGGAAUUCAAGAAGAAGACUGGAAAGGAUCUCUCAGGCGAUGCCAGGGCUCUUCGCCGUUUGAGAACGGCCUGCGAGCGUGCCAAGCGUACACUGUCUAACGCUACACAGACAGCUGUUGAGAUUGACUCUUUGUUCGAUGGAGAGGAUUUCAACUCGUCUAUCACUCGUGCCCGCUUUGAGGAUCUCAACGCUAAGUCUUUCUCUGGCACUCUCGAGCCAGUACAGCAAGUUCUCAAGGACUCUGGCCUUGAGAAGAGCCAGGUCGAUGAGAUUGUGCUCGUCGGUGGCUCCACUCGUAUCCCUCGGAUCCAGAAGCUGCUCAGUGACUUUUUCGACGGCAAGAAGCUUGAGAAGAGCAUUAACCCAGAUGAGGCUGUAGCUUAUGGUGCCGCUGUGCAAGCUGGCAUUCUUUCUGGUAAGGCCACCUCGGCUGAAACUCAGGACUUGCUCCUUCUGGAUGUCGUUCCCCUUUCCCUUGGUGUUGCCAUGGAAGGCAAUAUUUUCGCCCCCGUUGUUCCCCGUGGUCAAACUGUUCCCACCAUCAAGAAGCGCACCUUUACGACUGUUGUAGACAACCAGACGACCGUUCAGUUCCCAGUUUAUCAGGGUGAGCGCACAAACUGUGCAGACAACACUUCCCUGGGCGAGUUUACUCUCGCUCCUAUCCCUCCCAUGAAGGCUGGCGAGGCCGCUCUUGAAGUUGUUUUCGAGGUCGAUGUCAAUGGUAUCCUUAAGGUCACCGCUACGGAGAAGUCUUCUGGCCGUACCGCCAACAUUACUAUCUCUAACGCUGUCGGCAAGCUCUCCACCACGGAAAUUGAGCAGAUGAUUGAUGAAGCCGCCAAGUUCAAGUCGAGCGACGAGGCCUUCACCAAGAAAUUCGAGUCUCGUCAGCAGCUCGAAUCUUAUAUCUCUCGCGUUGAAGAGAUCAUCUCCGACCCUACCAUGUCUCUGAAGCUCAAGCGCGGCAACAAGGAAAAGAUCGAGUCUGCCCUGAGUGACGCUAUGGCUCAACUUGAGAUUGAAGACUCUGCCCCUGAGGAUUUCAAGAAAAAGGAACUCGCGCUCAAGAGACUCAUCACCAAAGCUAUGGCCACCCGUAAAAUGCAGCGGAUACAACGACUCUCAAUUCUUUCUGACAUUCCUCGAUCUUUUCAUUCUGCGAAUUUCAGCCCAAUUGUGCUUGACGCAGGUCAACCCUGGCGGCUCCUGACUCCCUCUAAGCGAUUCAAUCUCACAACUCGAAGCUUCUCUAAUUCUCCCUCUCUGUGCAAGAAAAAAGACAAGCCUCGAAAACUCACUGGCGCAAACGCAGAGUUGAGCAUUUCGUCGGAGGACCCCUAUGAUCUUUCUUCGCUAGAAAAUGGCAUCGUGGCUGCGGUGGCCCGACUUAAAGAUGAGCUUUCCAAAUUGCGCAUGGGCGGGCGGUUCAACACGGAAUCACUUGAGGAUUUGAGAGUGUCCUUGAGCAAAGGAGGCAAGGAAACAGUAAGACUGGGUGAGCUGGCGCAGGUUGUCCCCAAGGGAGGGCGGAUGGUUACUAUAUUGGCUUCAGAGGAAGAGCACAUGAAGCCGAUCACCUCAGCGAUUCUUUCUUCCGGUUUGUCUCUAACGCCACAACCUGACCCUCAUAAUAUUCUUCAACUGAAUAUAUCAAUCCCGCCGCCCACGAAAGAAUUACGUGAACAGACGGUGGUUGCUGCUAGAGCGGCCAUGGAAAAGGCAGCUGGUGCAGUUCGCGAAUCGAGGAGUGUUAGUCAUAAGCGCCUUCAAGAUAUGCAGAAGAAAAAGCUAGCCAGGCCAGAUGACGUUCGCAAAGCUCAGGACCAAAUGGAACGGCUGACAGAGAAGGGACAGAAAGAGGUGAAAGAUUUGUUUGAUGCUGCAAAAAGGGCAUUAGAACGAGUAUAG